AUGGACAGCGAAAUAACCACGGCGGACGCUCAAACUAUUAUAGAAAUACUAAACGAAUCACCGCCACAAACAUCAGAUGAAGAACAAGAAAAACCACCUACCCCAAACUACAAAAGAUCCCCAAGUCGUGGAAAGAACAUAGACCAACUAAAGGCAAUUCACGACGAAGCCGAAGGAACAAAAACGAAAGAGAAACCCGGUAAACCAACACCCCCACCACGAAAGCGAAAGAGACCCUCCCCCCCUGAUAGCUCCGGUCCCGGAAGGCCAACCAAGGACACUGCACUCGUACGCGACGCGAAAAUUGCCGAUAGCGAUUCCGACGACACGCUGGCUAUUCGUGAAGUUGCACUUUUUUCCGCAAACGGGCAGAUACGAAAAAGAACAAGACUGCUGACAAAACACGAUAAGGACAUUAAGUGUUUUGCAAUUAAACACUUUCUACCCUUGGAGUAUAUCGCCGAACAGAAGACCAUAGCUUUUGGGAAAAUAAAAAAACAGAGACAAAAACUAAAAACACUAAAUUACAUGGAGCAGAACGUACUUGCCAACCUUGAGGAACUACAAAACUUUUAG